AUGUAUCGCGACCCCGGACUGGAGCAGGAGAUGGAUCGGGUUGGUUUUUGUUCAGGGUCUGACAUUCUCUAUCGUCCCACACUCCCACCCAGGACGGCAGAACGGAGUGCAGGAUGGGAGACACAUCGCGUCCGGCUCAACCGUGUUCCAGGUUAUGGGUUCGGCAUCGCAGUCUCCGGCGGCAGGGACAACCCACACUUCGCUAGUGGUGACCCUUCCAUUGCAGUCUCCGAUGUCUUACGAGGAGGACCAGCCGAAGAUAAGCUUCAGGUGAACGACAGAAUAGUGUCAGUAAACGGAGUGCCUUUAGAAAAUGUGGAGUAUGCGAGAGCAGUGCAAGUGUUGCGCGACAGUGGCGCUACCGUGUCGUUGGUGGUGCGGCGACGUGCGCCUGCGCCGCCCCCCACUGCGCCCACCACUAUCAAACUAUCACUCACUAGGAAUGGAAAGAAAGAAGAUUUUGGAAUAGUAUUAGGAUGCAAACUUUACGUGAAAGAAUUGACGUUGCGAGCCAGAGAACAGCUGAACCAAGGAGGCCAGGGUCUUUGUGAGGGGGACAUGGUGACGAGGAUCAACAAUACUCCAGUGACAGAUGCCAUGACCCUCAAAGAAGCCAGGAAACUAAUAGAAUCCUGUAAAGACCGCUUGAAUCUGGUGGUGACGAGAGAACUGAUCAGAGAGGAAACUGUCACGAAUGGGAACUAUCAGAAUAAUUACAACAGUCUUGAAGCCACUCCCCACAACGUAUAUGGAGCUGCGGAAGCUUCUCCAGGGUACUCAAGUAGUGGUCAGAACUUGUAUGUAGCGGCGCCGGUUAGAGGUGGAGACGCACGGAGAGGCCCCAUGUCUCAUGAACAGCUGGACCAACCACCUAGACCGCCACCACCGAGGAAUGAAGAUUACUAUAGCAGUAGAAGACAACUCUAUGAAGAAGAAGCGAUGAAUAAUCAAAGAAACAAACCAACGAAUGAACCAAGGUUGAUAAGUUUCCAAAAGGAGGGUUCUGUUGGACUUCGGUUGUGUGGCGGUAACCGGUCCGGGGUGUUCGUGUCGGGCGUACAGCCUACCAGCCCCGCCGCACUACAGGGACUACAACCGGCUGAUAAAAUACUUAAGGUAAACGAUAUGGAAAUGAAGGGAGUGACGCGAGAGGAAGCCGUACUUUUUCUGCUGAGCCUACAGGAGCGCAUCGACCUCAUAGUUCAGCACUCGCCUGAUGAAUACAAUGCAGUUGCAAGUGGACAAAUGCCGGGUGACUCAUUCCAUAUAAAGACUCAUUUCCACUACACGGAACCGACGGAUGGAGAGAUGUCGUUCAGAUGUGGCGACGUAUUCCACGUGGUCGAUACACUGCACAACGGCACUGUGGGAGCUUGGCAGGUUUAUAGGAUAGGACGCAACAACCAAGAAGUGCAAAAGGGCACAAUUCCAAACAAGGCACGCGCUGAAGAGCUGGCAACAGCGCAAUUUAACGCGACGAAGAAGGAGAUGAGUGGCAACGACGGAAAACACAACUUCUUUAGAAGACGUCGUUCUACGCAUCGACGUAGCAAGAGUUUGGGCAAGGAACACUGGGAUGAGGUGGUCCUAUCAGACAGUAUCAGCAAGUUCCCGGCGUACGAGCGAGUAGUGCUGAAGCAGCCUGGCUUCGUGCGGCCCGUCAUCGUGCUGGGGGCCGUCGCGGACAUCGCCAGGGAACGACUGCUCACUGAGAGCCCUGAUAAAUUCUCUUCACCAAAAAUGGAUAGCACAUUAGAAGAUACCAAAACGAAGUCCGCCGGUAUAAUCCGCCUAUCGAGCAUUAGAACUAUAAUGGAGAGAGGCAAGCACGCCUUACUGGACAUUACGCCCAAUGCAGUGGACAGACUCAACUACGCCCAAUUCUACCCAAUUGUGAUAUUCCUCAAAGCUGAUAAUAAACAUAUUAUCAAACAGCUGAGAGCCGGGCUACCUAAGUCUGCUCACAAAUCAUCAAAGAAGCUUCUAGAACAGUGCCAACACAUGGAACGAGUAUGGGGUCACGUGUUUACACACACAAUCACACUAAGUGAAGCCAAUCAAAAUACUUGGUUUAGCAAACUGAUAGACUUGAUACAGAGGACGCAGCAACAGCAAUUAUGGGUGUCGGAGACUAAGAGGCCAGAGCCGUUGUCCGACGAUUUCUUGUUCUCAAUGUCGUCGAGUACUGAGAACCGGCUCUCGUAUGCUUCGAGUCCUGAAAGUGACUUGGAAGUGAGUCCCCCGCCAGCUCCGAGACUGGUCAAGUCUUCGUCAGACCCCUCAAUAGCAACCACGCAAGAUAAUAUGGACCGAGACGACGAUAUCAACCACAUGAACGAUGCUGUGCCACCACCUUAUACGCAAGGCGGCUAUGGUGACAGCAAGUAUGGGUUCUCAGCGACUACAAAUGGAGCCCCAACGAAUGGUGUAAACCAUAACCAGACGCACAGUCUGGGUAACAAUGAAGCGCCGCCGUAUCAAUGCAAUCCUAUGACACACUCGCCGCCACAUUCUCCGUUAUAUGGAACUGUACCAGAGUUACCCCCACGUGGUACUGUGAGCAGACCAGCUGGGGGAGUGCUCCUGCCAGCGCCACCUCCCGGCCGACCACCGCACAACCUACGACACAAUACACCUGGGAACCGACCAAGCGCACAAGAGCGUCUCUUUGGUCCUCCAAAAGAUCCAGGAAGUGAUGAAGCGGCGACAUACACUGCGCGCCCAACCAGUAUGAUCAUACAGCCUAGUCAAGGACAAGGAUCGUUAGACAGGCAUCGACAUCCUUCUAACCCGCAGAGUUCAUACGACGGUACUUCAUCAUACGACUACACUGGUACGACCAACAAUGGUUCAGGAGUGGGCUCGUGUCGCCUGCCUCCUAACGCGCCUGACGACCUCAAAGUGGCACCACCUUCUAUCAACAAAAUGGAGCCGCCUCCUCCUCCGAACCCGACGGCCAUGUCACAGAGUAACAUGACGCAGAGCCCGCAACGUAACUCUAAUUCACACGAACACAAUUCACUCGAUUACAGAAGUCCAGAUAAUAAUUACAGGCCCCCCGAGUACCGAAGCCCCCAGACAAAUCGUCCUCCGCCCAUGAACGGGAACAGUCCACAUACGCCGAUGCACGCGCGAGGGCCGUCGUUACCCAACGUACCAACCAAUGACCAUGCCAAAUACAGUGGGCGUACAAAUUCUGCGUCUCAAGCGGAUUACGGAGGUCGCGGCGGAGCUCCCGUGCCGCCGUACAAACCUGUCCCUCCGCCCAAACCCAAGCACUACCGGCCGCCUGACAACUCACACCAUCCUAGGAAUGGGAGCAUGGAGCCCCCACCGGCGGGUCCCCCCGGACCGCGGCAGCCCGCACCCGCCGGGUUCCCAGGGUCCCCGCACUAUUCACACCAGCACUCACACUCACAACCACACAGGCCGCAUAACCACAACAACUACCAACAGCAAAAUAUGUACGGUGGUCAAAUGCCGCCGCAGUCACCACCCUACUCGGGACCACCGUCACACCACCGAGCGAUCAAUCUACCACACAAUCCACAUCUCAUAGAUUUAGCAGGCAGUAGAGAACAACGCGGGUCCGCAUUCGAGCUGUAUAGAAAACCCCAACACAUGCAUAACCUAAGUUCAUCAGAUGCCAUGAACUCAAGCGUGGAGCGCGACGAGACGUUCUCGCCAAAAACUAAAAAGAAAUUAUCUAAAAAGCCAUCGUUCAUUAAAAACGCCGUCCUUGACCUAUUCCGUUCGAAAACGAAAAAUUCACAAAAGGUGUCUCGACAGAAGUCACUGUGUGAAAGUGACUUGCAGCAGAGGCACAACGUGCCACAGAUGCCGAUGUUAAGACGAGAGAAGUCUGACCUCAGCGACAUGAGCAUACACAUGAGGAACCAACAAAUACGUAAUCAGAUGUUGCAAAGAAGCAACUCAUCCUCUUGUGAGAAACCGGUUUUGAAACCUAUUCUGAAACGACAGAGUUCAUUUUGCGACGAGAGAAACGGAUCUAUUUGUACCGUUAGAGAUUAUGACGCUAAACCAGUAAUGAAGAGCUUACGAAGACAAAAUUCUAUGUGUGACAUUGAAACAGAACCGAAAGUUACCCCACUGUUACGUAGACAGAACUCCCUCAUAGAGUAUAAUAGGAGAGGAAUCUACGGGCAGUCGCCCAGCUUUAAUAUGAUAACCAAAAUAGACCCCAUCUACCAAAGACAGCAACAAGUUAAACACGAACCAUUUCACCCCACACAACCGUUACCUCCAGAACCAGUUUACCAAAGUAAAGACCAUUUAGUUUACGACCCUAUACCUAAACCUCGAAGAACCUAUACCUCCGUAUAUGAUACUUCUACAGAAAACCCUUACGCAACCAGAUCUGAAAUGUCCAACCAGAGUUUCGAAAAUCCGUAUGGUAAUAAACAAACAAUGGAAAUGCCGUUAAUGGAUCCACCUUAUGCGACAAGGGCUGAAUGCGUUAGAGAGAGUCCAUAUGCAACAAGAGCUGAGUGUGUUAGAGAGAACCCUUAUGCAACUAGGGCAGAUGGCGCCAAGGAAAGCCCAUACGCUACAAGGGCUGAGUGUGUAAGAGAAAGCCCUUACGCUACAAGGGCUGAAUGUGUAAGAGAAAACCCUUACGCCACUAGAAGUGAAUGCAUAAGAGAGAGCCCAUAUGCCACUCGAGCCGAUUGUAUCAGGGAAAGUCCUUAUGCCUCUAGAGAAGAAUGUGCUAGAGAAAGCCCCUAUACAAAUAAACAAGAUAUUUCUAAGCUAUCUGAUUCAUUUUAUAGUGAAUCUCCUUAUUCUAGUAAAGAGCAAAUGUUGCGAACGAGGUUAACUCCUGAUAGUUCGUAUUCGACUAAGGAAGAGAUGUUACGGCAAAGAUUUUCUGAAUCACCCUAUAGCACAAAAGAGGACAUGUUAAGGCAAAGAAUGGACUUGUCUGCUAAAGAACCUUUGUACGGCAAAAGGACAUACGAUCCGCCGCCUAGCACAUCUUGGAAUGAGAAUCACUAUGGUGUAAGGCCAGACAGGAGGUUACAGACACCAGUGCACUUCCCUGGUAGGGUAUCUCCUAUGAGUAAAUGUAUGAGUGAGCCUCCGUAUGCUACCAGAACAGAAAUGAUGGCCAGAUUGGGUCAGACCGAAUCACCGUACGCCACUCGAGCUGAAGUAAAGUCCAGUUGCUCUGAUACACAAUAUGGUCCUCGCCACGAUAUGAUGGACAUGAGACCUGACGUAAGACCAGCUUCUGCAGAAUGUACUUACGUAUCGAAACAAGAAAUUCUAUCGCAGAAAGCUGCCUUAUUGGCUAAAAAAGAAUCAAGUUACAGUAUAAGAUUGGAAGAAAAACUUGAAAUAAUAAAACAGAGAAAUCAGGCUAAAAAAGAAAUGAUCUAUCAAACUAGAAAAGAGGCUAAUGAAAGUGAUUCUGUUAAGAUUAGGGAGCCUUUAUAUGUAUCGAAAAGAGAGUUGAAAGAGAGCGUUAUAUACGAGUCGCACCAGGAAACAAAAGAAGUGGCACAACCUGAAGAACAAGAGGGCAGUAGUAGUAGUGCCUGUAGCGCUAGAAGUAGCCCCUACGAGCUGGGGGAUGCCAAUCACUUGUCUCGAAGAGAACCCGUGUAUCAGACAAAGUCGGAAGCCGAGAGUGGCAUCGAAAGUGAAACAUUCCAAGAAAUAGAUUUUUCGAAACUCAGGCUAACAGAAUCAAAAACAGACGCAGAGAAACAAAAAUCAAAGAAUUUAGAAUCUAGUAUAUUAAAAGGCGAACCGAUGUAUGCUCCAAGAUUACACGGUAAAGCCGAUCACAUUUCCAACGCUUUGAAAGUAACUACGUCCCCAGUGCCUUACGAAUCCACUACAUCAAUGGAAACUCACUAUGCUUCAGAAUGUAGUAUGAACUUUGAGAAUAAACCGCAAAGCACUCCUUACACCUCACAGGAUUUACUAGAGCGAAACAACAAACCAAGCAGAAGUGUUACCUUCUGCGAACAGAUAUUGGAAAAGAGUCCAGAAACUAGCGGAGAGAAUUCACAAAGCAUGUCUUCGAGUCAGAAUGAAACUACUGUGAUUCAACAAAACACUACAGUGGUACCGUCUUCCUCUGACGCUAAUGAUUCUACGAGUAAACCGCAGGAGGUAGAACCGGACGGCCCACAUACAACGUGGGGAAUAUUUGAUAGCGAAGGGGGGGUGCUAGAAGAUAGGCAAUGGGGCGUCUCAUUAAUAAUACCACCAAAAGCGAUAGCUCCGGGAAUCAAGCAAAAAAUCUACUUUACGGUGUCUGAUCCGCGACUGAGCCAGCGUGUGGGGGGACCUCCCAUCGACAUGGACAACGGUGAAGCGAUGCUGUCCCCACUAGUGAUGUGCGGUCCUCAAGGCCUCGUGUUUCUGAGACCUGUGACUCUGCGCCUGCCACAUUGCGCGAACGCAGUCCCAUCUCUAGGCCUCACGAUCAAAGCUACCGACACCGAAGCACAUCUCAGCACAGAUUGGGACCAAAUUCACCUCCCUGCGACAACCACAUUAAAUACUGUAGCAGUUAAAGUUGAUCACUUUUAGAAAUGACAAAUCAAAAUUCUAAAAUUCAAUGAGAAAUCGCAUUUAAAAUACAGCAUUUACGUGUCGAUGCUAUCAUUUUUGUUAAAACCGUUUUU